AUGUACGGUGGCUGCGGGGUUUAUGGGGGCGGAAUGCCUUCCAUGUAUGGAAAUUAUGGGGGAGGAAUCUCUCCCAUGUAUGGGAAUUAUGGAGGAGGAAUGUCUUCUAUGUAUGGGAAUUAUGGGGGAGGAAUGUCUUCUAUGUAUGGGAAUUAUGGAGGAGGAAUGUCUUCUAUGUAUGGUGGUGGUAUGGGUACAAUGGGGGGGUUAACAGGCGGCAUGUCGGGCGGCAUGAUUAACGGAGGGAUGCCAGGGGGAAUGAAUGGCCUUUCAACAUUACCCGGUGGCCAGGGCGCGAAUGGUACACUGUCACUUCAAUCGGAUCAACCUCAGGUCGCUGUAUCUAGUAGGCCCGCCAUUGAAGAGUCUUCUCAAGACCGCAGGGCACGUCGGCGGAGGGAACGGAAAGAAGAAAAGGAUGCUAUUGAAAAGCAUCGUCAACAAAGGAGACAAUUUGCCAUUCAUUCGGCCAUUGAGAUUGCUGGUCACGUGUUGCAGACCCUAAUUCAACUGAUGCGUUCAGGUCUUGAGCUGUUUGGUGUCGGACUCGGGACUUACUACAGCGUUAAGGUUCUGAAAUCCCUUGUCAAAAGUCAAGAGGAUAAUGUUUCACGCAAAGUGACACAAGAGACGGUCGCAAGAGCCAAGAAGGAGGUGGCGAGCCGGGGAUUAGUUCCUGGGACACACAAAUGGAAAGGCUGGCUUAUGAUAUCCGCAUUUUUUUUAUUAAUGGAAACGCUAUACGGUCUGCAAAGGCGCUACCGCGAUGCAAAUGAGCGGCGAGCAACUCAUCAUCAGAAACGUGGUAUGCAUACCACCAGUGAUGAAGAAAGCUUAGAGAACAGAAUUUCGCAGAGUGGGGAGUUAAGUAGUGACGAUGUGUCUUCUGAAUUUUCCACGGAUUACACGGCAUCUUUUUUGGAUUCUAUGGGCAAUAAGAGCGGUAAGGGCGGGCGUCUUUUUGUUGCUGUUUUUGACUACGAGUCACCGGAUCGGGAAGGCUUUAUUGGAUUUAAGGCAGGGGACCGUUUUUUAAUUGAAGAAUAUGCAGAGAAUGGAUGGUGUGAAGCAAUUCAUAUGGACACAGCUGAACGGCCAGUACAAAAAGGACUUGUCCCUGGCAACUUCUUGCGCCCACUGGAGGGAGAAACAAAGCUGUAA